GCCUCACCCGCAACCAACCGGACACUAAAAUGGAAGCCACAAAGGGCUGAGGCGAAUCGAUGCCUUCUCCCUUCACUCUCCAUAAAUAGUAGACUGAGCGCAGGCCGCCAAGCACCACGUCGCCCUCCCAGUCCCAGCCGCUGCUUCCCUCCGCCAUCGCCGGCUAUUAAGGAGACCUGAUUCGUCCGCAUCCUGACUUGGCCUUUUGGAUCCGAUUCGGUUUUCUCAUCUGCUCGUUGUCAGGUCGAGGAAGCCAGUUGGCCCAGGGGACAUUCUAUGGCAUCGGAGGAUGUGGUCGGGAAGAGCACAGGGGAGUCGGCGGUAAACACGAUCGUGAACUUAGCUGAGGAGGCAAAGCUCGCGAGGGAGGGCGUCAAGGCACCUGGCCACGCGAUCCUUAGCAUCUGCAAAUCUCUCGUGGCGGGAGGUGUCGCUGGAGGAGUAUCAAGAACUGCUGUUGCUCCACUGGAACGGCUGAAAAUUUUACUUCAGGUCCAAAAUUCUCGCAAUAUUCAGUAUAAUGGAACAAUUCAAGGCCUUAAGUAUAUAUGGAAAUCAGAAGGUUUCCGAGGGCUAUUUAAGGGCAAUGGAACCAACUGUGCACGUAUUGUUCCAAAUUCUGCUGUUAAAUUCUUUAGCUAUGAACAAGCUUCAAGUGGAAUUCUGUGGGCUUACAGGCGACACUCUGGCAAUGAAAAUGCUCAGCUUACUCCUGUGAUGCGGCUUGGAGCUGGAGCUUGUGCUGGAAUUAUUGCAAUGUCUGCCACUUAUCCUAUGGACAUGGUUCGUGGCAGAAUUACGGUGCAGACAGAAAAAUCCCCCCGCCAGUACCAAGGAAUGUUUCAUGCUUUAGGAUCUGUCUAUAGGCAAGAAGGUUUUCGUGCUCUUUACAGAGGCUGGCUUCCAUCAGUCAUUGGAGUGGUCCCAUAUGUAGGCCUCAACUUUGCCGUCUAUGAAUCUCUGAAGGACUGGAUGCUCAAAACCAACCCAUAUGGUAUUGUCAAAGAUUCCGAGCUGAGUGUCAUCACACGGCUUUCAUGUGGAGCGGUAGCUGGAACUGUUGGCCAGACCAUUGCCUACCCUCUCGAUGUAAUCAGGCGAAGAAUGCAAAUGGUGGGUUGGAAGGAUGCUGCCCCUGUUGUCACAGGUCAUGGGAAGAGCAAAGCACCCCUGGAGUAUAAUGGAAUGGUCGAUGCCUUCAGGAAGACGAUCCACAACGAAGGUUUCGGUGCAUUAUACAAGGGUCUUGUCCCCAAUUCUGUGAAGGUGGUGCCGUCGAUUGCGAUUGCAUUCGUGACAUACGAGGUGGUGAAAGAUGUUCUCGGAGUAGAAAUGAGAAUAUCAGACUGACAUAGUUCCAACUGAUGUUGAAGAAUAAAAUGUAUUCUCAGGAAAGUAAGUGAGGUUAAUGUAUUCUCACGAUAGCUAGUGAGGUUAAUCUUACGUAUCGACAAUCUUUUAUUGGUGAUAUAUUAAGACUAUGCAAACAUUUUUUCUUUUUCAA